AGGGCGGAGCCGGCGCGGGGACUUCCCCUGGCUGAGCGGCAAACCGGGGUUUUGGCCAAAUUGGGCGAGGGCACAAAAUAACCACUUACCCCUUCUCACCGAGGAAGCGCGGGAGAAAGGGUAUACACUUUGGGAUAUUCUGCUUCUUUGCUUGGCUCCUAAUCAUAUUUAUUACCAAGUUGUUGACUUGAAAUAUUAGUCCUCCUUCCAAAAGUAUGAAUUAUAUUACUACAUUCUGUUAUCAAGUCAGCGACAUACUAUUUUCUGUUUAUGGUAUGGCACAGUCACAAGGCUGGGUGAAAAGAUACUUGAAGGCCUUCUGUAAAGGCUUCUUUGUGGCAGUGCCUGUGGCAGUGACUUUCCUGGAUCGUGUUGCCUGUGUGGCAAGGGUGGAAGGAGCAUCCAUGCAGCCUUCUUUGAAUCCUGGGGGGAGCCAGUCAUCUGAUGUGGUGCUUUUGAACCACUGGAAAAUGAGGAAUUUUGAAGUACAACGUGGUGACAUUGUAUCAUUGGUUCUGAGAGAAAAUCACUUCUACUACUUGGAUGCAUAGUUGAUGAACUCUAGAUGAAAUCUCAGGACAAGUUGCUCCAUAUAUGCAGUGGUCAGUGCAUUUCUAUUCUUCAAAGUCAGCUCGAAGGAAAAGGAAGUAGCAAGAUUGAUGUUUGUUUUGUGUCAGACUUUCUAUUAAACAUUUUACAUGUAUUCUCAUUUAGUUCACUAAGACGACUGUCGAACUUAUGACCUCAGCUCUCCAUCCCUAACUUCAAACUCUAGUUAAUCAACUGCCUAGGGAAGAAAUGUGUUAAGAAAUUUAUUUACAUCCCAGAGUGAUACACAUGCACGCCUAUGUAUCUGCCUACUUACAUAGAUUAAUAAUCCUGUUUCGUACAGAGAGCAGUGUGCCCUUAGUGGUAGAGUAUGUGACUUUUGAAGACAUGACUUGAGGACACUAAGCCUCCAGAGAUUGUCAUUGCCGGAGGGCACAUAUUAUUAGUAACAUAUCUAAGAAAGGGAUUUGGACCUGGGUUUGAUUGACUUCAUUGCCCAUUUUCAAACACUACUCUCUACCUACCUAUCCCUUUCUCUAUUUGUUUUAUUAUUGUAUGUAAGAAUGAAAUCUUUCCUGCAAUGCUGCAUUUUUUGUUAUGUAAAUCACUUGUUUAAUGAAAACCAAAAAUAAUGGUGAGUCUACAAGUAUUUUGAUGAUAAAUAAAGAAACUCUAUAAUCUGAAUUUGGUUAUAUGGUAAUGCUACGUUUAAUUUUAAACUGAAGCCUGAAGGACUAGUUGAAUCAGGAAAAAACCUUGUUUCCACUUAGAUGUCAUUGUUUACCUUGAACAUGAAAAAUAGAGCAAGUAGUUACAAGGCUUAGAGGAAUAAAAAAUAAUAGCCAUCAUACUGCCCUGGAAAUAAAGGGAAAUGAUAAAGCACACACCUACCAGCUCUGUGAUCAGUGAUGUUUGCUAUCGGGCAGACAGUUAAUUCAGUGUAAAAAGUGUGUGAAAGAAUGCUUUUAAGCCUUUAACUGCAGAUGAUUUUUGUAUUAUUAUUUAUUUUUAAGUACUGACAGCUGACCACUUUAAUUGAUAAUGAAUUUAUAAUUCAUGGUAAUACAGCUGAAAUUAACUUGUGAACACAGAUAUUGCCAUCCUUCUAACCCCAACACAUACACACUUAGGAUUGUUUUGAAAAACAAACAAACAAACACACACCUUGUUAUACUUAAACAAAUAUAUUGAGGCUAAUCUAUUACAGCAGUUUGCUUGAACAAACAUUUAGACUAGGAAAGGAAUCCUUUCAUCUUAAAAGGUAUACUGAGUCUUUGCUUCUGACCCCUCAAACCUUCUUCUUUCCAUCUGGGCUGUAUUGGAAGUGAAGAAAUCACCUUAAACCAAGUCAGUUUGAGAUCAUAAAAGCUGUGAAGAAUGGCAAUUCUCUGAAACUUCACUGUAUUCUUUCACCAUCAUCGUUGGCCUAGUUCUUUGCUGAAAGAUUCCAUAGUUUCUUUAGUAUUUGUAGGGUUUAGAAGAUU